AUGGGAAAGAAAUCUACCCGUGUCGAGUCCUUCUCUGAUAAGGAAGAGGGCGGCGCCAAGCUCGACACACGCGUGGGCGAUGCUAUGGACGUAGACAGCACUCCGGCUCCCAAACUAGACACCAAGAAAUCCGCCGCCGACGCCCGUGCCGAAAGGGCAGCAAGAAGAAAGCAAAGAAGGGAAGAGCUGGCAUCAGGCCAGUCAGCGACCUCAUCCAUGGCGAGCACCCCAGUCCCGGAGACGAAGACUGCGUCACCGGCGAAAACCGAAGAGAAGCCCAAGAAGAAGAGAGGAUCCAGAAAGUCCAAGUCAGCGGCGGAGGAGACCGAAGCUCCUGCUGAACCCUCAACUGCUCCCGCUCCCGCCCCCGCCCCCGAGUCUUCGAACGUGCCUGAGGCCGAGGCCGCGCCACUUCCCUUCAUCAUCGACGUGAACCCUACAAAGCACACCACCGCGCACGAAGAUACACCCAACCCAUCAGCCUCCGAGAGGGACACAUCGGUGGCGCCGAGCACCAUUGCACCUAGCACGGUGAACGGCGAUGGCCUCAACCGGGCUGCGAGACGUCGUCUGAUGCAAAUCGACAGACAUCGUAUCUCAAUCAGGAAGGAGCUCGGUAUUCCUGCCGACUCGGAUGAGCGCCAGGACGAGGUGGAGACCUUGCUGGCAGCCUGGAUCAAGCUGUUCGACGAAAAGGUCGACGCUCGCAAGUCCAAGAAGCUUGCAAGGCAACAGAGCAGGGUAAAGGGCAAAGGCAAGGGUAAGCACCAAGGAGGACGAAACGACAAUGUGAAGCAGAAGCAGAUAAAGAAGCAGAAACAAAAAGGUGCCCUGAGACGCAGGCAGGAAGCUGCCUCGGAGACAAAUUAG